CGCUGGCGUGCGGGGCGCCGCGCGCUCCCUCCCCCGCCACGCGGCCGGGCCCGCCCUCGAGGAGGGCAUCGGGAGCCGCCCCCGCGUCCCCUCGGUGGGGCGGCGGCGGCGGCGCGGCCCCGGGCAGGCGGGCGGGGCGAGCGCCCAGCGCGGCCCGGCGGAACUCUCCCUUCCCGGCGGCGGCCGCCGCGCCGCGCCGCGCGGCUGGUGGUCGCGGGGGAGCUGCGGCUCUGCCCGCGCACCGGGCGGCCCCGGGGCGGCGAGGCUUCCCCCGGGGCGUGCUGGGGCUUCCCCCGGCGCCUCCCGCCGCGCCGCCGGCGCCUGACACGCUUCCGCUCGGUGUCCCUGGCCCAGGCGGUUUGGAUUACAGAAGGAGUCCUGGAUGUUUGCAGCCUUUUGCUUUAGCUGGUAGGGAGGAAAAAAGGUGGAAACCGACCUGCCGCAGCUACUUCUUGUGAAAAGGGGGAAAUAUCGGGCAGUCUUCUGGGAUUAUCAGUCCAAGAGCUUCAUCCUGAAGAGCCUUCUGAGAAGUGAAUUGGAAGUUUGAAGUUGUCAGCUUUUUCUUUCUAGCAGCACUGAGCACCUUCACCCUUGGAUGCUUUUGUCGACAUGAUAUGGAUACAUGGCUAAAUUUAUCAAGUUCUGAAUACUUCAGCUGCCAAAAUGCUGUUUUGCUUUUAGGUACUUUUUUUUUCUAGGCAACAUUCUGUCUUGAGUCAUAGGCAUAACCAGUUUUGUUAACUGGCUCCGGGUUAAAUGCAGCCUGAGUCACUGUGUAGACAUUGCUGAAAAGUUUCAUGGCAGAUUUUUUUCCCCUUAUCUUAUUUUUUAGAUUUUAUGACAUAGCCUUCUGUCAUUUUGCAGCGAGACCUGUUUUCUAAAUGAAGAAUCUAAUAGAUGUUUGUUUAUUAUUUUUUCUUUUAUAUUUUAUUUAAUAUUUUUGUAGAAAAAUGUUGUUGCCAAUAAGCAAUAUGGAUGUAUCCAGAUAGCUGUUGUUUACAAGUGCUUCUGUUACCCGAAGCUAGGAAAUAUUUCACAGUUCAGAUGUGAAAUUUGGAUUUUUGGCUUCACAGUUUGUGGUGUAAGAAGUGUAUUUAUUUCGUCUGGAGCUGAUGCUUCUUACAGUGACAUGUACAUGGAAUAGACAAGAGAAGAAACAGAGAUAAAAUCUUUUUAAGACAGAUUUGGCAAAUUUUGGAAGUACCUUUGUGGAAUCUGUAAGCAAGAAGGAUGGGUAGCUGAUUUCUGUGGGGUCAAAUCUAUGUCAGACAGCUACGAAUGUAGUAUCAACAAGAACUGGGGAUAUUACCUCAAGGAAAACAAACUGGAAAAAUAUAAAUCACACAGCGCUAACACCUUGUGCGGUCCUCUUGGAUUAGGUUUGCAUUCAGCUGAAUUGCUUCUGCCUCAAAGAAAAUUAAGAUGGACAGAACAACUUAAUUCAAAAGGACUUGCCAUGAGGUGCUGAAGCCUUGUUUCACUGAUUCGGGGAGACUGGACCUAAAUGGCGCAGCAUGACUUUGCUCCAGCCUGGCUUAAUUUUCCUACUCCACCAUCAUCAACAAAGGUCUACCACUUGUGCUCCUUUACAGUCAUCACUGAACUUUGAGAAACAUUCUGAAAAUUUUUCGUGGACAGAGAAUCGUUAUGAAGCAAAUCGUAGAAGACACAACUCUUCAGAUGGCUUUGAUCCUAACAUUGGACGGCCUAAUGGAGGGCAUUUUGGGAGAAAAGAGAAGAAUGGUUGGCGUUCACAAGGCAGAAAUGGUACAGAAAAUAUAAACCAUCGUGGAGAAUACCAUGGUGGAGGUUCCCGUGCCCGUACCAGCACUUUCCACAGUGGAAAAGGCCAAGGACUGCAUGAAAACAAUGCAUCUGAUAAUGAAACUGGGAAAAAGGAAGACAAAGUAACACCCAAACAGUUUGAGGCAGAGGAUUUUCCAUCCUUGAACCCCAAAUAUGAGAGGGAACUGAACCAGAAUAAAUCUUUAGCUGCAGGUGUGUGGGAGUACCCUUUGAAUCCUCAAUCUAGAUCUCCAAGAAUGCUGGUCAUUAAAAAGGGCAGUACAAAAGAACUACAGAUAUCUGGAUUCCCAGUAGUGGGAAGUCUUCAUUCACAGCCAGUUAGGAAUGGAACUGGCACAAGUGUUUAUAAAGGAUUAGUCCCUAAACCUGUCACUCCACCUGCAAAGCCUCCACAGUGGAAAAGCCAAGCAAAAGAAAAUAAACUUGGAAAUCCAUUUCCUCAUGAAUCUGCAUAUGGUGUUGGCAAUUUCAGUCCUUUCAAAUCAACUGCCAGGGCAUUUACUGUAUCACAGAAUUCAGUGAAAGAGUGUAAUCGGUCAAAUUCUUCUUCCCCUGUUGACAAAGUUGGUCAGCCUCGUUUGACAAAAUUGACAAGAAUGCGGACUGAUAAGAAGAGUGAAUUUUUGAAAGCAUUGAAACAAGAUAGAGUGGAAGAGGAACAUGAAGACAAGACUCAUGCUGGACAAGAGAAGGAUGAUGAGUCCUUUAACUUGCAUAACAGCAACAGUUCUCAUUGUGAGAGAGAUAUAAACCGAAACUUUGAAAAUGAAAUUCCACGGGAGAAUGGCAAUGCUUCAGUUACAUCUCAGCAGAUAGUUCGAUCUUCAGCUUUCCCUCAGGCAGAUGUUCUUUCAAGCUCACUUGAGGCAGAGCAUAGGUUGUUAAAGGAGAUGGGCUGGCAGGAAGACAGUGAAAAUGAUGAAACAUGUGCUCCACUAACAGAGGAUGAGAUGAGGGAAUUCAGAGUCAUUAGUGAACAGUUAAAAAAAAACGGUCUUCGGAGAAACGGCAUUUUGAAAAACGGCCUUGUCUGUGAUUUUAAGUUUAGCUCCUGGAAAAACAGCACUUUCAAACCUGCUCUGGAGAAUGAGGCUUCUGAGACAAGCAGCAGUGAUACAUCAGAUGAUGAUGAUGUGUGAAGACUUCUGUAAUGUCUGUAGAAACCCAUUCUGAUAUCAUGAAAAUAUGGGGAUGUGUAGUCCAAAAAAAUUUUCUAAUUUAUGUAGUUAAGAUACCUGCUAGAGGAAGAAUAAUGGGACUUUUCUUUGAAGAAAGCAAGGAAUGUUUUGUUGGGUGUGUUGAACAUUACUAUGAUUUCUUUGUUAAACGAAUGUUGUAGAAUGAGGACUUGGGUUGAUGCAGCAUUGACUUUCUUCAUCACUGGAGCAUUUCAGACUAGCAAUGUGACAAUGUAACAAAUCAGACUUUCUCAUUUAAUAAUAAAAACACAGAAUUCUG